AUGGAAUAUAAAAAAACAAAAAGACCAAACCAAUACGUUUUUGAAGGAAGCAAACACAACUCAAAAAGACAAAAGAUAAAUGUAAAUGCACAAUGUAAAGGUAUUUUGAUGUCAGCAUUGAGUAAUAGAAGAACGAAUGCUGGAAUUAAAGAGUUGUUGAAUUUUAUAAAUUUGAAUUUCCCUGUUAAUACAAAUGAUGUGAUUAAGGAACUUAAAGUAAAUGAUGAAGAAAAUAAAAUUAGUGCAGUUGAAAAAGAAUUAAAAGAUGAAAUAUCCAAAGCAAAUUCUGAACAUAAUAGAUUUGUACCACUUCGAAAUAUAAUUAAAAAUUUUACAUUUAUAAAAUUUAACAAUGAUAAUGAUUUAAAUCCUUCAGAUAUUAUUAAAAAAACAUUUGUGUUAGCUACUAAUAAAAAAGAAAAAUAUUUUUUUAGAAAUAUUUGUAAAAUUAUACCAUUAGAUACUAUAUGCAAACCACACAUUUCACCAUUCAUAAAAACUGUUCUACCACUAAUGAGAAAACAUUUUAUUGAUGGAAAAUGUAUGGACAAAAUGUUUACAGUCAACUAUUUGUUAAAGAUAAUGAAUGUUUCGGACGAAAAAAAUGAUGAAAAAAAUGAUGAAAAAAAUGAUGAAAAAAAUGAUGAAAAAAAUGAUGAAAAAAAUGAUGAAAAAAAUGAUGAAAAAAAUGAUGAAAAAAAUGAUGAAAAAAAUGAUGAAAAAAAUAAAGAUAGUUCUGGAAAUAAAAAGUCGUGGGCCUUAAUAUAUAAAUGUUGUAAUACGAAAACAUUAACUAAGAAAGAUGUUUUAAAAAUAUUAGAUAAUUGUAUAGGAAAUAAUUAUUCUGUUAAUUUAUCAAAACCAGACAUGGCAAUAAUAGUAUAUGUUACAGAGAUUAUGUGUGGUAUAAGUAUAGUCAAGGACUAUGCAAGUACAAGAAAAUUUAAUAUCGGAUCUUUUAAUGAUGAUUCUUAA